AUGAAGCCCACGACAGAGCCGAUAACGCCGAAGCGAGACCCGGUGGCUCAGGCUGCCUUUGGGGCUAAAUCAGCUCCCGUCGGGGCGACUCCACGAACAGGGCAGGACAUCACCAAUGUCGACGACACGACGACCACACUUCGCCUCGACAUCGCACGGUUGAUGAACGCGGAGAUCGUCCUUUGCGAUCCCGACGCCUUCCUCAACUACUAUAUGCCGAAGUGCGACGCGGAUACCGCAAAAUAUGUAUUAAUUCGCCUGGCCACUGAGAAGAGGUCAGACGGCACUACCGUUCUUGUACCACGCCACACUUCCAACACCCCAGUGGACUCCAAGCAAACGGGCGACGAUGACGAGGUAUCCGUCAACGCAGACGGUGAAGGCUAUGAGGAAGGGCCUGAAGCCUCUGACACAGAGGAUGAGACGGACGACGAGCAGGGAGCCACAUCGAUUUUCAGGAAAAAGGCGAGAGUGACUUUGGAGGAAGCCGAAUUGGACGAUGGCGAAGAGGAGUACCCCGACGAGUUCGAGCGAGAGGCGACGGAGAACCUGAAGGACAGAGGAGACACGGGCUGUAUGGAGGAUUUUUGCCCCUACGGCCUCCACGACUUCAAGUACAGGCCGUCAAUGGUGAAGAAGACAUACCUCGUCAACAAGAAGAAACGAGUUGCCAAUUUGCGCAAGGUGGACGAGGACUCGCUCUUCAGUACUCUGACUGGCAUCGGAAACGCCGUACGCGAUGCCCUUCGUGCCAGAGGAGUGGUGGUGAAUGACUAUCACAUUUUAAUGUGUCCUAACACGAGAUUGUCAUCCGGAAUUGGCGGAUGUGAUCAGAGAAUCGAUGCCGCCCUCACCAAGAAGAAAGAUGUCAAGGGCAUAACAGUCUACGACAUCAUUGUACCAUUCGAAUUCAAGGUGGAUUGCAAGAACAGCAUCAUAUUUGAGAACCGGAGACAAGUGGUCUCGCACGUCAAUCAUACGAUGAAUGACGACCCUCGACGGCUGUUUAUGUAUGCGAUCUCUAUUGAAGACGACCUUGUGUCCGUUUGGUACUUUUCUCGGUCGCAUUCGGCCAAAGCCGCCUGUUUUAGCAUGGUCGAGCGACCCGAUAUCCUAAUCAAGGUUUUUAUCUCGCUUUUCUGCGCGACGGAUCAACAACUCGGCUUCGACCCAUAUGUCACCCUCGUUGAAGACCACAGAUUUGUUUACGAACUCCCGCCCAACGAGUAUCGCUGCAAGUCUCUCUUCUACCGGACCAUCGAAUCCAUCAUCAACCCGCGCGCCCUGCGGCUUCAGUUUGACAUUCAGAAUAUGAUGUUCAAUGAUAUGGACAAGUUUGCGAGUGAUCCGAACUGGCGCGAGCGCGAUAUUUUGAAGCACUGCACACCGGAGCAAUUGGACGAACUGGCGGGUGUUUUGGAGGGCUGUCGCUUUAGAGAUCUGUUCUCGUGUGUCAAGGAGCACCAUAUAGGUGGCUCUGGUCUUCUCGUCAUUCCCUAUGCCUGGAGGCUUCCUUCAGUCUUUAUGAGGCCGAUGAAGCUUAGCCAACCCUGCAACAAUGUUCGCACCAACGUUGCUGCCGACUUCCCAUUGAAGGAUAGUUUGUCGAACCACGAUUCGAGCCAAAUGAAGGAGUCAACGCCAGCGGUGGAGAUGCUGCCAACACAGGCAUUAAUGCCUCGGCGACAAUGUCGACUUGUUUUCCACCAUGUCUAUACACCCCUGUUACAUAUCCGGACUAUGGGGGAUGCUAUGGAUAUCUUGAAAGGAUGCGUCUUAGCUCUUCGUCUGAUGUUCUGCGCGGGAUGGGUCCACCGAGAUCUCAGUCCUAGUAACAUCCUCGCCGACCGGAACUCUCCCAGUGGUCCUUGGCAAGUCAAGCUCUCCGACCUAGAUUCAUUAAUUCGGACCUCCUUCAUCGGCGCACUAGAGACUUUCCGGAAGCAUCUCAGAGUGGAGUACAAAAGGCGGAAUGGCCGAGGCAAGCAAAGGGACACAGGAAGCUACUCCUGGAUCAUCAGCGGCACUGUCCGAGCGUUCUUCCGCGCCAUAGAUAAGUCCCGACAGGAUUGGGCGAGCAUCGAGUUAAUUGAAGACCCAAAGCCAAAACGCAAGAUCGCGAAAAUGAAUGAGUCCUCUGACAACCUUGAUGCUCCGCCUCCGGAUCCACUCACCGGUCAGAAGCGCAAGUUCCCGCAGGUUGCAAUUCGAUUUCAACUUUCUAGCAGUAUCAAAAGUUCUAGCAGUAUCACUACGGGCCAUAGGGUCACUGCUCGCCUUCCUUCGCGCGCAAGGGAAAAAGCACCUGCAGCACCGACAUUGCAGACAUCGGCGGAAUCCACUUUGCGUUGUGUGGGAAUCGGAAAGGAUGUGAACGAGGAGGACGAAGCACAGCAGGGACGAACAAAGAGAGCCCGUCGUUGA